AUUCCGGAGCGCGUCACCGGCCGGAGAGGAGAGGCGGGGCUCCUGCUGCGGCGCCAGAGCUCCUGCCGUGCCAGGCCUGGACACCCCCGAGCGGAGCUUGUGCUCCCCCUCCCCCUGCAUUUUUCCGAGGGCCUGCCUAGGCCCUGUGCGUGUCCAUGGAAGGCGGAAACGGCUGCGGGGACCGUCUCCUUGCCAAGGGGUGUAGUCUUCGCCGCCAUGUCCGGGGGCUUCGAGCUGCAACCGCAGGACGGCGGCCCCCGGGUGGCCCUGGCGCCCGGGGAGACGGUGAUCGGCCGCGGGCCGCUGCUGCGAAUAACAGACAAGAGAGUGUCCAGAAGACAUGCAAUUCUUGAGGUGGUCGGUGGCCAGCUUCGAAUCAAACCGAUACACACAAAUCCAUGUUUUUAUCAGUCUUCUGAGAAGAGCCAGCUCUUACCAUUGAAGAGAAAUCUAUGGCGCUCGUUGAAUCCUGGAGACAGUUUUUCUUUGCUGGUUGACAAAUACAUUUUUUGUGUUUUCUCUACACACUCUGAAACAGAAAUGGAAUGUACUUUAAGAAAUAGUCAGAUGCUUGAUGAAGAUAAUAUUCUAAAUGAAACACCAAAAUCAUCCUCGGUUGAUUCGCCUGAUGAGACAACUGGUAACCCACAGCUGGCAAGAAGCACAGAAAUAGCUAAGACCCAAACUGCCACGGCAAAUAGUGAGUGUUUCCUAGGUGAAGGUAGAGACAUCAGUAAGCAACAGUCUAACCCUGCCCAGAGGAGAAGAAUCCUGCCAGCAUGGAUGUUAACAGACAAUCGAAGUGACCAAGACCUUUCAGCACCAGCCAGCAGUGGGGGUAAUAUAAUCCAGGGAAGUGGAAAAGAAGGAAUCUGCAGAAAGCGAUUAAAUUCAUCAGGAAGUUCAAAAAGUACAUCAGCAGAGCAAGACACAGGGAAAAAGUGCAAAAAUGCUGAUCAGGAAGAGUCUAUCAUUUCAUCCAAGGAAAUGCCGCAGUCAUCUUCUGCAAUCUUAUUAAAUAAUGCAGAAGUAAAUAAUAAGAAGGCUAAUACACAGAGAAGUGAAAUCCCAAUAGAGGAACGUGGUAAGGUUCCUGAACAUAAGAUUAUUAUGAAAGGAACACGAGAUAAAGAAGGCAAGAUGAUGGACUGUUCUGAGGGUUACUUGACUGCCCAGGACAAGUCCUUCCACGAGGAGUCUCAAGGAUCUCCUCCUGAGUCCAGUUCUGAUCUCUCCAAUCCUGAAACUUUGCAUGCAAAGGCAACUGAUUCAGUUCCACAAGGUUCUGAAGAAAACAAGAUCAAGAGGACAUCCUGUAUGUAUGGGGCAAACUGCUACAGGAAGAAUCCUGUCCAUUUUCAACACUUCAGUCACCCUGGAGAUAGUGAUUAUGGAGGGAUACAAGUCACGUGUCAAGAUGAGGCUGAUGAGCGGCCUGAAUGUCCCUAUGGAGCAUCUUGCUAUAGGAAGAAUCCCCAGCACAAGAUAGAAUAUAGACAUAGUACACAUCCAGUGAGGAGCAUAUCAGAUGAAGAUAGUGAUAAUGUUGGGCGAUCCAAUGAGUAUGACCUCAAUGACCGUUUUCUAGAUGAUGAGGAAGAAGAAUAUGAGCCAACAGAUGAAGAUUCUGACUGGGAACCAGGGCAGGAAGACCAAGAGAAGGAAGAUAUGGAAGAGCUUUUGAAAGAAGCAAAAAAAUUUAUGAAAAGGAAAAAAUGAAAGCAGCAAGUUGUCUGCUAGUGUUCAAGAUUCUGGCCUUUAUUUCAAGAAGAACCCCUUUAUUCUCCAGUUUUAUGAAGUAUAUCUCUGUUCUCAAACGACUUUAAGCCCUGUAGUACUCUUCAUUUUAGGUGACUUAGAAUUUAGAAUCUUUAAUAGCAGUUGGGUAUCCGAACACGGCAGUAGGCAUAGUAUUGAAAUCAUAAAUCACUAGACCAAAAGUAUCCUUGUUAAAUACUAAUAUUUUCUAUUCUAAAAGAACCUAGAAAUUUAUAUCUUAAAAAAACAAGACAGAUUUAUAAUUGUUCUUAGUGUUUUUGAAUGUCUUUCCAAGUUAAUUAUGUAAUAUUAAAAUUAAUUUAAGCUGACCAGGACAAGAUAAAUGUUUCUUUAGGCUAUUUUACCUAUUAUUCUAACGUUGCCUUUGUUAUUUAAUAACUCACUUUUCCCUUCUAAUGUCCCUUUAGUCUCGGGAGCUUGACAGAUCUGUGAAAAAAAACCUUUUGACUUAUUCUCAUCCCUGCAUUGACUCAAUCCUUAAAGUGUUUUUUAAUCCACUCAUAGAUAAAUCCCAAAGGAAUUGAGAACGUGUUCACAUAAAAACUUGUACGCAAUGUCCACAGAGGCAUUAUUUAUAAUGGUCAAAAAAUGGAAACACGUAAAUGCUCAUCAGCUAAUGAAUGGAUGAACAAAAUAUGGCAUAUCUCUAUAGCAGAAUAUUUUUUGGCUAUGAAAAAGAACUGAAGGAUUGAUACAUGCUAUAACAUACCUGAAGAUGUUGUGCUAAUUGAAAGAAGCCAGACAAAAAAGGCCACAUAUCAUAUGAACUCGUUUGUAUGAAAUACCCCAAACAGGCAAAUCCAUGGAAAGUAGAUGAGUGGUUGCCAGGGGCUGGAGGAGGUGGGGACAGAGGGUGACUGUUAAUGGGUACAGGGUCUCUUUAUGGUUGUUAAAAAUGUUCUAAAAGUGUCGAUGGUUGCACAAUUCUAUAAAUAUACUAAAACCCACCAAAUUGUACACUUUCAAAGGUGGAUUUUAUGGUAUGGGGUUUAUGUAUUUCAAUAAAGCUGCUAUAAAAAGAGAAUGUAAGAGGUGACACUAGUCUUUCAGAAAGAAGAAAGCAUUAAUGUCAGAAUGUGUUCUUGGCAAUAGUGUAGUAGCUCAUGGUAGCUGUUUUUUAAGGAUAAUUUGAUGUGGCUUACCUACUCAUCCUGAAGACACUAUUGAGUAUAACAUAUCUCUCUGUCUAUCUAUAACUCACUUGACUAGAGUGUAGUGUAAAUUUGACACUUGCAAUUGGAUUAUAUUUAAAUUUGUGAUUUACAAAAUAGAGGGAAAACUGAUGACAUUAGCUUGUCAGUGGGCUCAGGAGCAAGAGCAAUGUUAACAAAAACUUGGUUCUUUAAAAGUAAUUGCUGUCCCAGGGCUCCUGGGUGGUUCAGUUGGUUAAGCGUCGGACUUUGGCUCAGGUCAUGAUCUCGCGGUUCGUGAG